AUGUGGGGCUUCCUGACCCAGCUGCUUGUCAGCUUAGUCCUCCUGGGCUUCUUCCUGGUCAGCUGCCAGAAUCUCCUGCAUAUUGCCCAGGGCUCCGUCCAGUUUGUGCUGAAGCACAUCCACCAGGAGCUGGACAAGGAGCUGGGGGAGACCGAAGGGUUGAGUGACGAUGAAGAGUCGGCUUCCACCCGGGUGGUGCGCAGGCGUCUCUUCGUCCAGGGUAAUGAAAUAUUGGAUAUCCCUGGAGAACAAGUGACCGAAGAGCAAUUCACCGAUGAACAAGGCAACAUUAUCACCAAGAAGAUUAUUCGUAAAGUGGUCCGGCGAUUGGAGACCGAAGAUGGACGGACGCACGAAGAGGACGAGGAUCAAGGGAGUGUCGCGAGAUCGGAACUGCUUGGGGGCAGGAUGGGGGCUCAGAUAGUCAAACGAGCCAGCCUGAAAAGGGGGAAACAAUGACCUCCCCCUCCAGUGGCC